GGGCUCGGCGGCGUUCGGUGCUGAAGUGGGGCGGAUGGCAGAAAAACAGCGGCGAUGGACAUAACACCGCGGGAUACCCAUUUACGAUGUCGUUAAACGAGCAUCGGGACGUCGCGUUUUCCCACCUAUCACCCUAGGACGCUGACAGCUCGACACAAAGGGAUGCUGUUCUUUCACCGCUCCCUGUACUCGCAUGUCCAUAAAUGACCCUUUCAUCGAGACCCGAGGAAGCCUAGGAGGCGACGGUGAGCCAAGCGAAAAAGAAGCGAACGAAAUAAGGAACCAAGGGGGGAGGACGUAGUCGCAUCUCACCUCAGCUUUCGAGUCCAUUUCUGCGCCAGUCGGUCAGGGAUGGUGACACCAGUAACCUCUCUGCCCUGUGGUGAAAAGAACGUCAUCGCCGCGCCCAGCAUCUGCAGCAAGCCAAACAGACACUCAGACAGUCCACCAGUCAGUCACUUCGUCAACCAGCCUGCUAUCAUCCAGCAACCUAUUACCUCACGCCAUGACUGCUCUGUCUGACCUGUGUUUAGGAACUCACUAAUUCAUGCCCCGGAGUGUGAGUGGAGUGGAGAUGAGAAAAAGGCAGGCGGCUCAUAUCGAGGCCCCUCCCCAGGCCCCCGGACAGCCCCGACCCAACACCUGCUGCCUCUGCUGGUGCGGCUGCUGCAAGUGUCUCUGGAAUGAGGACAGAAUGGAGAGGAGUGAACGGCAGACCUGCACCAAGAUGGACAGUAUUGAAGCUGCUGAAGAACAACACCCCAGUCUGGACGAGGUGCUGUCGUGGGCUCGGAGCUUCGAGAUGAUGCUGCGCUCGCUGGAGGGCCGGGAGAUCUUCCGGGAGUUCCUGCGCUCCGAGUACAGCGAGGACAACCUGCUCUUCUGGUUGGCCUGUGAAGAGCUGAAAAAGGAGACGAAUCCCCCGGUGGUGGAUGAGAAAGCCAGGAUCAUAUACGAAGAUUACGUGUCCAUAUUGUCACCCAAAGAGGUGAGUCUGGACUCGCGGGUCAGAGAAGGAAUCAACCAGAGCCUGGCGGAGCCCAGCAACCUGAUGUACGAGGAGGCCCAGCUCCAGAUCUACACCCUGAUGCACCGCGACUCCUACCCCCGUUUCCUCAACUCCUCCGUUUACAGAGACCUCCUGGCCAACAGGAGGCGCACCUGCCUCGACACCUAGAGCCCUCCGCCCUCCGUCAUUGCCAUCGAACGCCAACAAGACUACUACUUAAACUUCAAAUACUACUAUGGUGCCAGAAGUCGGGUUUGGAACAUCUCUCCCUCUGUUUUCGAUUGAAAAGACUGAAUGACAUCCAAGAUAGCUGGUUGUUUUUUUUUUUGGUUUAGUUUUUUUAUUUAUAUUUUUUAAAGCAAUUUCUAUCCAGUUCUCCACUGGAGCCAGGUCGGCCUUUGCUGGUUGGUUUUCUUGGUCGGUUUGAGACCAAUAACGCUGGCCAGUGAUUGUUUUGCUAGCAGUUUGUGCUGUUUGUUUCGGUCGACCGGCCGACCCACGUAUCAGCUAUCGGUGUGAACCUGAUGGCCAGCUGUUGGUUAACUGUGGACAAGGACUCCUCAGGCGGUGGGGACAGAACGAGAGAGAGAGAGAGAGAGAGAGAGAGAGAAAAAGGACAAGCCCACUGUUCCUGUACUGUAAUAUUUAGACCUCAUGCUUUUUACUUUCACUUUAAUAUUAUCUGUCUUUUCUCUUGAUUUGAUUUUCUGUUCCAUUUCCUCACAUGUGUUCAAUUUUACUUUUAAUUUCUUCACUGUCCAAACAUGACGCCUAGUUGUUGGUGGGAGUCGGAGCAUCUUUGCCUAUUUUUUUAUUUUAUUUUAUUUUAAUUUUUUUGGUCCCCAGUAGAAGCACUGGCUCUGCAUGCGACUCUCUCUCUCUCUACAGUAGCUUGACGAUAUAAGCCGCGGACUGCAACCGUUUUUUUUGAAUACUGAGAGGUAUUAAAGGCAGGGGGGAGUUGUCUCUCUGUCUGGCUGUCUGUGUUCAGCGAAGGGAAAAGA